GUGAGGGGGCGCGGCCAUGGCGGGGGAGGCCGCGGCCGGGGCAGCCGGCGCCGCCGAGGGGAGAGAAGCCGGGAACGACGCCGGUGGCGGCUACGAUGGCAAGUGCGUGUUCUGCAGGAUCGCCCGCCGGGAGGAGCCGGGCACGGCGCUGCUGCCCUGCCAGUAUGAAGACCUUGUUUGCUUUAGAGAUAUCAGACCUAAUGCCCCCCACCACUACCUGGUGGUGCCGGUGGAGCACAUGGGGAACUGCAAAACGCUGAAGAAGGAACACGUACCUAUAGUGAAGAGAAUGAUGGAAGUUGGAAAAGCUGUCCUCCAGAGAAAUAAUUUUAGUGACUUGAAUGAUGUAAGAAUGGGUUUUCACUGGCCUCCCUUCUGCUCAAUAUCCCACUUGCAUCUUCAUGUCCUAGCCCCAGAAAGUCAGCUAGGAUUCUUAUCCAGACUCGUGUACAGAAUCAAUUCCUACUGGUUUAUCACGGCUGAACAACUGAUUGAACGACUGCAAAGUGAAAAUGCUGUCAGUUGAAAUCACUCUUUGCCUUGUGUCACUAGCCAGUUUGCUUUUUGUCUUUGAACUCUGAUUUAAGGUUGCACAGUUUGAUGUUGCCAAUAAUAUACCAGGAUAUAAAAAGCUUUAGUUCCUUAUGAGGAAAUACAGACAGAAUUUGUAGCUGCCAGCCUGAUUCUCCCAUUUAGAUACUUGAGUACAUGUACUUCUUUGACAAUACCGUGAUGUUUUUUAAUUAUAAUUUUGUAUUUGUGUAUAUAUACAUACAUAAUACACAUACAUAUGCAGAGAAAUUUUCCUGGCAAAAGGCUGGGUAUAGCAGCAGAAUGUAUUGCAACUAAGGCAGUAAGUUACUUCGAACAGCAUGUGUGUGGUACCAAAGAGAGUAUUUGUUGUGGAGUCAAGUUUUUAUUUGAAAUAUGCAUUGUUCUGCAUUUAAAACAUUUAAGUUUCCAUCUGUGUUUGUACAUAUGUUACUUAUGCCUAGUUAUUAGUAGAUACUUAGCUGAAAGUACACUACUAACUUUCUGGUGCUAAACCACUUGAAUAUAUUACCUAAUUUGCAUGACAGAGACAUAGUAAAUGUUAAUACAUUAGGUGCCCAAGAUGUGAUAAUGCUAUAUAACAUAGAAUAUAGUUUAAAUGUGUAAGUGGCUGUACAUUGGACUUAAAGAUUGUUUCCUUUUUAAUGUGCACAAUAUUUUAAAUUAGUUUAUGUAUGUUUACAAAAAAUGUGAAGAGUUUAGAGGCACUGAUUCAAUAUGUCACUCUUCUGCAUGACAGUAGAAAAAAAUCCAUAUUUUUAGAUGGUUCUGAUACUGUUCUCACUGGAAGACCCUUGGAGAUUACUAAUGCCUUGGCUAGACUUGGUUUCUAAAUGAAGUCAUAGGAGAAACAGGUCUUCAGAGCAGUGAGUAUGUGGCAGGCUUGCAUAAUAGGAAUCUGAUUUGAAUUUGGGAUAGCAGGCACUUGGCCCAAAAUUGGAACAUGUCAAGUUACUUAAGGAACCUGCUGAACAUUUGCCUUUGCUGUAUGACUCCAGUCAGUAAUGCCAGCACUCUGUUUUUCGCUACCAUAUUAAGGCAGACCGUUUGGAAAGUUAAAACUCCAGAAAACAUGGAGUGGAUUUUCUCUGUUCAUGGAGCGUACCUCUUGGUGCCUAACUAUUAUCAAGUGUCCUUGGCUGAUGCAUUUACAUGCAGCUGAGGUGAUCAUGGUCUGUUGCACCUGUGAGCUUCCCUGAACGUAAUCUUCUCAGAGCUUUCCACUAGUCCAGCACCCCUUGCCUUAGUGGUACAAUAUAUUGUAAUAUUCUUACAGUAGGCUGUAAGUAAUACUUCAGAAAGUUCACACCCUUCUGAAGAACGUUUUCUACCCAGCAGAGUUUAUACCUCUCUUUUCCGUAAGACCUUGUUCCUAAUGUCAUGCUGUUCUGAUUAGUGGGCGCUCACGUGUCAUUUGCAGCCCUUUAGGGUUUUAAUUUGUAACAUUAGGAAGAAUGUGAGUUAAAGCCACUGAACUUUGACUCUUCUGUGCAAUAUAUGAGAAGGUUUGAGCUGGCCCCUAGCUUUGUGAAAUACCUGAACAUUAAGACCUUUAAGAGUUAAUGCUGUGUGUGUGUUCUGAUUUGUAAUUAAUUUAUGUGACUAUACUUAAUGGUGACAUUUAAUAUUUAAAGUACCAACAUGGACCAUUGUCCAAAAGGAUUAAUAAACAGAAUAAAUGCUGAUAAUGAAA